AUGAACAGUUACUCAAAACGCUGCAGCUCCAGUGAGGACAGCUUUGAGUUACAGGGCAGCACAAGGUCAGAAGCUAAAAGCUUUGUUAAAAGCAAAAAUAAGGAUGAAGGCUAUCGACCCCAUCGAUCAAAGCACUGUCAGAAAGGGGGUGAAAAAACUCAUGGACUGGAACACUCUUCUCUGUAUCCAUCAGAAGUGGGAAAUGCAAGCCAAAAACUCCAGAGGCAGAAGAAGACUCACAAGAAAAGCAGUUCCUCUGCAUCUGACUUGAGCUUGGUGAGUCAAGGAUCAUCAAGUUCACUGUCUGUUGUGGAAGAAAAAAUAGAAGCUAAGCUCAAAUUCUCUCAAUUUAUUAAUGAAGUUACUUUCAGAGUGCUUGAUCCCAUGAGCCUGAGGGCAUACCGAGCUGCUAAACUGAAAAAUACUUUUCCAUCCAGCGUGAAAAGCCUAGAUGAUUUUCAUAUUAAGAGAAAGUCUUCUGAGAACUGGAAAGAAAACAUUCUAGAUGGGAAGACCCAUGAAGAAGUAGACUUAGAGACUCUGAGAAGUGACGACAUCGUGGCUGGAGCACGACCACACAAAUUAGAGAAAUCAUUGUCCCUGGAUACAAGUCCCUCUCUCAGGUCAUUUGAUAAUGGUGUCUCAUGCAGAACAAGACCUGGCUUGCCAGUAGAAAUUAUGAUUUCUCAAAGCAAAGGAAUGCCAGCCACAAAAUCUGCAUCUCUUCCUAGAAGUACAAGCAUGGCCUCUGCGGCAGAAAUGGAGAAAAUAAGGGUACGAAAUUCCUGGGUGCCAACCUGCCUAUGGCAACCUAGAAUUCUCCAGGGCAGGCUCGCAAAAUCUUCACCUACUCUCUGGGACAGUACUUUGCAAGAACAGAAGGGGGAAUUACGAAAGCGCCUAUCGUACACUACCCAUAAGCUGGAAAUGCUUGAAACAGAGUUUGAUUCUACACGUCAGUAUCUGGAAAUAGAAUUGAGACGUGCUCAGGAGGAACUUGAAAAAGUAACUGAAAAACUGAGAAGGCAGGUGAUUACUCCCCUGAAGACAUAUCAUAAUGGAAGCCAAAAAUGUUUUAGGAUACAAAACAAUUACCUAGCCUUACAAAGAAUUAAUCAGGAUCUGGAGGAUAAACUUUACAGAAUGGGUCAACAUUACGAAGAGGAAAAACGGGCUUUGAGCCAUGAAAUAAUUGCACUCAAUAAUCACUUAAUAGAAGCCAAGGUGACUAUAGAUAAGUUGUCAGAAGACAAUGAGCUCUACAGGAAGGACUGCAAUUUGGCUGCUCAGCUUCUCCAGUGCAGCAAGAACUAUGACAGGGCGCAUAAACUUUCAGAGUUGCCAACUGACUUUCAGGAAAGAGUCAGCAUCCAUCUGGAAAAGCACGGGUGCAGCCUUUCUGUCCCCUUGUGCCACACUUCUUAUGCUGAUACCAUACCCACUUGUGUCAUCGCCAAAGUACUGGAAAAACCAGACCCAAACAGCUUGUCCUCACACUUGUCAAGCCCAUCUACGAGGGAUCUCAAUUUUCAGGACUCUGCUGGAAAAGUUGGACAAAGACCCCAGUACAAGUCUGACAUCUACUGCAGUGACACGGCCCUUUACUGCCCCGAGGAGAGGAGGAGGGAGAGGCGGCAGAGUGUGGACACACAAGUGAAGGACGUGGGGUUCCUGCGGUCCCAAAACUCCACGGACAGCACUGUUGAAGAGGAUGGUUUCCAUUCCAGCUUCUCCCACGAAGCCUUCCCAGAAUACAUUACCUCCCUGCCAACCUCCAGCUCCUACUCCAGCUUCAGCGUCACGUCUGAGGAGAAGGAGAACGCCCAAGCCAACACUCUGACAGCCUCCCAGCAAGCAAUCUACAUGAGCAACCGAGAUGAGCUGUUUGAAAGGAAGUCACCUGCGGGUUAUGAGCAUCAGGGGAGCCCCAGGUUUGCCAAGCCCAAACCCACGCAGCACAUGGAGCUUGCUGAUGACAACGAGAACUCACCCACUUUCACCAGGUCUCUGCCUCCAUAUGCAAACGAACCUUUCCAUUUCUCAGCCAUAGCACCACAGCAGGCUUUAGCAAACCAGAAAAUGAGGAAUGAGUGCAGGAGCAGCCACCUUUCAGAAGAAGACUUGCCAGGGCGAUGGAGGCAGCUGAGCGUGGAGGACAUUGGAGCGUACUCCUACAGGAAUGCUGGCAGGCUGUCACCCUGCAGUUUCUCAGAGCAGUACUACAGCAGCCCCAUCAAGAAGGGGGACAGUCGAACAAGCCCCAUCUAUGCUAGUUACAAAGCAGACAGCUGCUCAGAGGGAGACGACAUCUGCCAAAGCAGACUUGUGGAUUCUUGCUUCCUGAGAACAGACAGUGGCCUGAACAUUGACAUCAGCACAAGCUGUAAACAGGACAAAUUGCCCACUUACAAAACAAAAGAAUCAAGAGACCAAAAAAACGAAAGGAUCACUGUUCAGUUAUGCAGUAGCAAAAACAUCGAAAAUAGCCCAGUAUUGAAAAGAGAAUACGUGGACGUGAGCCCCAACAGCUCAGCAGAGUCACUCAAUCAGAGUUCAGUGGAGGCUCCAGAAAUCCACCAGUCUUCCAUGGAUCAAGGAAGCCAUUCGGGGGUUCACAGCAAGCAGCCGCAGUUUCAGCGGACUGGGAGCACUGGUCUGAGUCGGAAGGACAGCCUUACAAAAGCACAGCUAUACGGAACCCUUCUGAACUAG